CUUGCUGCAACAGUUGCUAAUAUUCUGAUAAAAGGCAUAUAAAACACAAGCCUUUCUUAAAAACAUUUUAGUUAUACUUGAACUUUUGGAGCGUAAAGAGAUUAAAGAUAAAACAAAUAUGGAAUUUAAAACCUUUGCCAUAUUUCUUCUCACAAUAAUUGGGGCAACUCAAGCUGUGAACAAUUCCACAACAACAUUUAUGCGCAAUUAUCAAAAUUACAAUAAUUCGCUUUUGAGAACGGAUAACUAUCUAGAUUUGAAUAGAAGACAAUAUGCCGAUUAUAUACAGCAAUGUGAUAAGGAAAUUGAGGACUUCAAAAAGAAUUACAUAGAGCGCUUGAGUGUUGUCACCAUUCUAUCGGAGAUGAUGACCACAGAUAUUGUAAAAAUCCAUGAACACUUGAAUCCUUUGGAAGUUUUAAGUGAUAUUGGCAAUGAUUGUGUGGCCAAAUAUCGUUCGAAGAUUCCUACGGUGGCAGUUACUAAGACAGCUUUUCUAGCUUGCUAUAAUGCGGCCUAUAAUCAAAUAAAUAAUUUGGUCAAUCCGGCAACUGGAACUAAGAACAAUUUGAACAGCUAUUAUGUGACAAAUAUCGAAAGAGAUUUUAAGAGUUGUACUACACGUUUUCCCGCCUUGGAUAUCAACUAUACGGAGUGUUUGGCUAAAGUGAUAAGCGCUGCAACCACCCACACUACAAAUACCAUGAAAACGUUUCGUGCCCAAAUCGAAUCAGCCCUUUGCUCAUCGAGAGCUUAUGUAAAAACUGCUCUAGAUUGUACAUUUAUUGCUCAGAAUCGUACGAUUACCUUGAAUGCUGAGGCAAAUUUAAUGAUCGAUAGAUGUAUUCAUGGUCUGGAUGAUUGUGAACGUUGUGGUGAGGGUCGUUUUUGUGAGCAGGUCUAUUAUAUGCCACAAUACCAGAUUGAACAUGACAAUGCAACCAUGCCGAAUCCGUUCUAUGGUAGAAAUUCGUCUACGAAUUGCUUGAUGAUAGAAGUUUACUAGGAAAUAACACAGUAAUUGAUAGAAUAAGUAUUAGAUUUGAUGACUUAAUUUAAGAAUAAAGAGGAAGACUAGCAGAAA